AUGAAGUCGUGUGUUGUAGCUGGCCUGGCUUUCAUCGCCACCGAUACGGCAAUUGCAUCGACUUUGCUGCCGCCCGCGGAUCCGCCUGGUGUAACAUCACCAGCUUCUACUGGUCCAGCAUUGGAGGCGUCACAGCAAACGGCUGCUUCGCUACCAUCAUGCGCAACGGGCUGCAUCGCUGCGGAACUACCCAAGUCAGCAUGCAAUGCCACCGACUUCCAGUGCAUCUGCACGAACCAACAACUCAACGCUGCCAUUGGCAUAUGCUUGUCGCAGAACUGCACCGUCGUCGAGUCUCUCCGUAAGCCGCGAGUUUGGUGUCUUUCCACUUCUUUGGCCGAUUAG